AUGUCUUACAACCGAGUGCUUCCCAACCCGGUUACUUUGCACCAUGACUCUUCUCAAAUCUCGCUGCCCCGAUCCAGCAACCUUCUUGACCACAAAAUCAUGAACGACCUGCCCAUGUCCCACGGUGCUCUGCCGCUCCGUCCGGAUCUUCUGGCCCCUGCGCGCAGGUACCCCGAGAUCCGACCCGGACCAAACGGCGUCCCGCAGGCUCGUCAACACGUGGCUGCGCUGAAUCGAGCAAAACUUGAACUCAGUCCUCAGAUGGAUAUGAUGGGCAGACAGCCUGGUCCCAUGCCUUCCGUGGAUCACCUCACUCUGCGUGCUCGCUCGUCUUCAUCCUCGGGAGGCUCCAGUCCCACCAAGUCGACAAAGGAGAUCAGUUGGUGUCUCUGCAAGCCAGAUCCGAAAAUCCCUCGGCCUCGUAACUCAUUCAUUCUUUACCGCCAACAUUAUCAGGCAGUCGUGGUGCAUCAAAACCCGGGUCUGUCGAAUCCGGACAUCUCCAAGAUCAUUGGAAGACAAUGGAAAGCUCUCUCGGAGGAGGAGCGAGAAAAGUGGAAUGCUCUCGCAAGGGAGGAGAAAGAUCGCCAUCAACAACAAUACCCUGAUUAUCGCUACCAGCCCAAACGAUCCAGUCGAGAUGGCGGCGCUCGUGGUUCGGUUUCGGGCAUCAGUCACAAUUCUUCGGGACAGUCAACAUGUAACAGAUGUGGCGGCCGCAUCAUGAAUGCUCCUUCAUCCCCAAUGACCCCUCUCACAUCCGUCGGCUCACAAACGAACCGACCGGAUCUCUCGGCGGGCUCACAUCCAAUCACUGUUAUAUCAAGAACGUCUUCUUGUCGUGCGGAUACCAAGCCAGUGCCAAAACCAGUGAGAAUAGACCGGCUAGAGUCGCGAGCUCGCCGCUAUCCCGAGGAAGAUCAUGCUCCAGAUGUCAAGCGCCGCCGUGUCUCCCAAACUGCUCUCAAGCCAGGUCUGCAUGCUAAUCGGGACAUGAGCCCCGAGACCACAUACCCCAUUUCUCCAUACAGCCGGACAGAACUGCACCACCCGAGUCCGCACCCCAUGAUUCACCCUCCAAGAUUUGGUAGCAUUCCUAGCUCGCCGCAUUCCGACCCCAGCCUGAAGCUGCCGCCGCUGAAAACCACAACGCCCUCGACGCCCCUCACGCUCUUCUCACAAGAUGGCUCUAGCGUUGAGAGCACAGUCAUGACCAUCCCGUUCCUUAACAAAAUCAAAGUCCUCGCCAAAAUCUCCCCACCCUUGCUGCCCUCCUUCCGUGACAAAAGCACUAUCAUCCGGGGACCAGUGAUUUCUAUCGACGGUCAAGACCAACACCUCGUCCAGAUCGCCGUCGACUUCCUGGAACGUCUACUGAAGAAAGAACCAAAGUACCAAGUACGAGUGUUUCCAGGACCCGACAUCUCCGGAGCCCCAGACGGCGGUCAAAUGGGCGAUGCGACAGUAGACUACCUCAACACCAUCUCAUCCUGGCAUCGCAUCUCCGACGAAGUCAUCAGCUUUGUCAAGCCUGCAACACCAUACACCGCAGACGAGCGCUCCUCGCCAGACGCAGAUAACCGAUCAAGCGUCUCUCCAAAGACAAUAAUCCCCAAGACAGCAAACAUGAGAAUCAACUCCCCACUCUCAAGCGAGAGUGGCUCCGAAGAUGGCGCCAUAACCCUGGGCACAAACACAAGUCACGGCACCAUUCCCGUCGCCCUAGUUCCCCGUUACCAACUCACAACAGCAGACGCCUUCGCCUGCUCAAUCCCAAUCCACGAUUCCUACGCACCACUAGACCACUGGCAGUGGAUGGCAUCCCUCUGGCGCGCCUGCGUUGGCCCAGAUAUCACAGUCUACAUUCGCGAAUGUACAAAAGAUGAACUCGACCGCUCAGGCGGGAACCCUGUCGAAAUACGGUUGCAGGAUGCUCGAACUGUGAUUCUGCGCAAGGUAGCUGGGACUUCCCGUGAGCUUGAGGAGAAGGUGUUGAAGCGUGUUGGCUUUGAGAUUGAAGACUUCUUGACUGGAUGA